AUGGCGUGGCCUCCAUUGAGCACGACUUCGGAUGUUCAGCAACAACUCUUUGGACCGUUCGGAGUUCAAAAAUCGAGACACAAGCAAAAAAAACAAAAAUGGUUUCAGAAAGCUCAAGUCUACUGUCUUAUUCACUUGUCUUAUAUUCUACAAUAAACGUUCUAUUCUUUAAAUGUUCAUGUUACUACAAGAAGUCAGACACUGCGGCCAAUGUAGUUAGAAUUUUAAUUUUGGCUCCUGGAGGAUUUACUAGAGCAAUGGAUAAAUGCAUUGGCGCGCCAAGAAUAGAUUUUUGGCUCUUGAAAGAGAUUUACAAAAAACAAUCGAUCAUAAAAAUUGAGGUGCAUGAGCGCACCAAUGCAAGUUUUUGGCUCCUGGAUGAUUUACUGAACCUAUCAAUAUCCAAAAGUGGCAUGGAAAUGUCGUGCAAAGUCAUGUGAAAGUCUUGUUUUUCCAAGAUUCCAAGCAGUUUGAGUCGGAAAAGGUUGAAGCCAGAGAUACUGACUGGGUGUAGGAGCACGGAGGAGUGGGACAGUGCACCAGUCUCCUUGGUUGGACCGAAGUGCCACUCAGAGGUUCCGAGCGGCUGAGAUCUCCCCUCCGGAAAGAGUGACCGAGGUCAUGCUCGACACGAAUAUCCCCAUGUCAAAGAGCCGGCAGAAGCCCUCUUUCUUCUUUCUGACAGAAGCCAAGAAGAAGCUCGCCCUUUUUGAUUGA